AUGGCCGGCCUCCAGGUGCUUGUCGACGACGGCGGCAGCGGCGGCGAGAAGCGAUGUGUGUGGGUGGACGUCCCUCCGGUGCGUGGUGCUCUGGUGAUCAACGUCGGCGACCUGCUCCAGCUGGUGAGCAACGGGAGGCUGAAGAGCGUGGACCACCGGGUGGUGGCCAAUAGGAGCAGCGACAGGGCAAGGAUCUCGGUGGCGGCAUUCUUCAAUGCCGACCUGAGGAGGACCGAGGACGAUGGCGGUGUACGGCCCCAUCGAGGAACAGGUGUCCUCGUCGGCGCCGCCGUUGUACAGGAGCAUCACGGUGGGGGAGUUCCUCUCUCACUAUGA